GCAGCGUCUCCUUUCCUUCCGAUUCUCCAAUGUCCACAGCUUGGCCGGAGCUCGUCGUCUUUCCGGCUCCAUUUCCACCGGAUUUUUAACGCUCCUACCCGUCUCAGAUCAAGACGAGACCACGCCAAAGGUAAAGAAGAAGCUCCAAUGAUCCGGGAGAGUCUAGGGGGAAUCAAAAUGUCCAGUGAAAGACAGGGGCGGUCAGAUGACGAGAGUCCAAGCACCAGCAGUGGUAGUUCUGAUGCGGACCAGAGAGACCCGGCGGUGCCGGAGCCAGAGGAGGCAGAGGAGAGAAAGCAGCAGCCCCCCACACCUCCUCAGCAACAGAAGAAACCCACCAAAUUAUCCAGCAAGACUACCGCCAAGUUGUCCACUAGUGCUAAAAGAAUCCAGAAGGAGCUCGCUGAGAUCACUCUAGAUCCACCCCCUAACUGCAGCUAUCUGCAUGAUCAUCAAUCAUCAACGCUCAGGGUGGGGUCAGACAGUACAUCUCGGUAUGGAGUGCAGUUUACAAGUGCGGGACCCAAGGGAGACAACAUCUAUGAGUGGAGAUCCACCAUCCUGGGACCACCAGGCUCUGUGUACGAGGGAGGGGUCUUCUUCCUAGAUAUCACCUUCUCAUCCGACUACCCCUUCAAGCCACCAAAGGUGACAUUCCGCACCAGGAUCUACCACUGUAACAUAAACAGUCAGGGUGUGAUCUGCCUGGAUAUCCUGAAAGACAACUGGAGCCCCGCCCUCACCAUCUCCAAGGUGCUGCUGUCCAUCUGUUCCCUGCUCACAGACUGUAACCCUGCUGACCCUCUGGUUGGUAGCAUUGCCACUCAGUACCUGACCAACAGAGCCGAGCAUGACAGGAUAGCCCGACAGUGGACCAAGAGAUACGCCACUUAGAGGUCACGACCCCUAACCCCGUCCUGUCUGAUCCCCUGUCCACCCAGUCCCCCUGCCUGCAGUGUGAAGGUCCCGGAGGCGACGUCACAUCGUGCAACAAAUCUUUAUAGCCUUUACAAUACGGACUUCUGUGUAUCUGUCUGAUUACUGAUUCUACUCCUCCACAUUUUUCCCUGCUAUGAGGACUGGGUCUGAAGAGACAGAGAGAAAGAUCCAAGCAGGCAUUGUCUCACGUCAGAUAGCGAAGCUGCGUCUCCGUCUGCACUGAUAGUUCAUGGCAACACAGAGCGUUAGAAUGACGCCAUCUGCCGGAAGACAAUGCCCAACAAAAGGUAAAUGUAUAUUGGAGUAGAAUUUUGUAGCUGUAGAUUUUAGUUAUGUUUAAAUGCCUCUACUUGCAAGUCUUGCUUCUUUGGGAUAUUAAAAAAUAAAAUGUAUUUUGUGAUGUAAUAAAGGAAACUAUUCCUAAAGUCUCAACCAAAUAUUAUGGUGCAUUUUAGCCUUGUCCAUUAUCUGUAUGAAGUUAAAGAAGAAACAACUAGCUGAUGUAGAUUAUUAGAGAUGAUGAUGUCAUUUAUAUGAAAGCCAGACACCCAUUUCCACUUAUGUAGUUACAUUAUACUGUUGUGAUGACUCUGUUUUACCUUGUCAAUUUGUAAUGAAAACGAGAUUUCAUUGAAACCUUUUUGUAGCUCAACAAAAGAUGAGCCACCACUGUAACAUCCCCAAAACACAAUAAACUUGUCCCCAAGGGUUGAAUUGUA